AUGCGGCGUAACGCCUGCUUAAACCUCGCCACCUUACCCGACCGUUACCCCCUGCCUCAUAUUCAGGAUUUUACGGCCCAUCUUCACGGUGCUCGUUUCUUCUCGAGGGUCGACUUGGUGAAAGCGUAUCACCAGAUACCGGUCCAUUCACCAGACAUCCCGAAGACGGCCAUUACGACGCCAUUUGGCCUUUUCGAAUACGUCCGUAUGCCGUUCGGUCUCCGGAACGCCGCGCAGACGUUUCAACAGCUCAUCGACCAAGUUCUGCGUGGCCUGGACUUCGCUUUCGCCUACCUAGACGACAUUCUAGUCGCCAGCAACACCGAGGCCGAACAUCACGAGCACCUCCGGCAAUUUUUCGCACGGUUGCAGGAGUACGGCGUGGUCAUUAACCCCAACAAGUGCGAGUUUGGAGUUUCUUCCAUCACUUUCCUCGGCAUACCAUCACGCCCGACGGCAUCCACCCGCUUCCUGGCAAAGUUAAGCAACAUCAAAGGCUUUGAGCCGCAACAUAACGACGACUUCGACAAAAACAAACGUUACAGUGUGUUUUGGGAUGACGACGAUGACAACAUUCGUGGAUAUUACCCUGCCCAAAUUUUGAUGUUAGCUGACACAGAAGAGCAGCUGGAAGAGAAGAAAAACACAUGCCGCGUUCUUGAGCAGGCUCUAGAAAGAUGUCAAAGCCAGCUGUGCUGCACAGCCCCAUUCUACACUACAGAGUCUUCACGUCAAAGGGCAGCAGCAUUGCCUCAUCCGCCUUGCAGCCCUACACAGAUCUUACUUGAAGAGCACUGUAGCCCGCCAACAUCCCCACCUGGAGCAUCACCCACUAGAGCAUGGACACCCUGUCUUUCAAUCUCCCUCGAAGAGCCGCCCACAACACAGGAAUCGAGCUCAGGAACAACUGAAAUAUGUCCCCGUCUUGGCAGUCAACAACCAUCAGUGUCUCCGAUGCCCGGUACCUUUCCCUGGCUUCCCCCUGCUGGUAACUUCCCCCUGCCUGACAGCGAGAAGCUUGUUGAAGUGGAAGCAUUCACCAACGUGGCAAAUGAUAAGUUCCAUCUUACCAAAGGCGUGUGCAUCACUGAACUACAAGCAAAGAAAAUUCUGGGUAACCAGAAAGCAACAUUGGUGGCCAAGGACUUGGCCAUGGCACUGUGGGGAGCCAAGGGUCUUGCAGAAAGAAGUGUUGGCGGAACUGCUGCACCAAAAGACAAAAACAAGCCCAACUGUGUUCCGCGGCCAAAACUAACUCCGGUAAAGGUCGGAGUAAUCGUGGAAACGUUGAACUACUGGGGCAGGAACAAGAAAAUGGACCCAUUAAGUGCCAUCAAGAACAUCAACAGCAUUCUAUCAGACAAAAUCCAAGAUGUUCGCAAAGCUCUGAAACGCAAGAAGGACCAAGCAUGAAGUUAGCACAGGGCUUUGUGAGGUGGUGGUGACACAAGGGAUUCAGGGAUUUAGGAUUUUUUAUUUUUACUCAUUCAUAUUACAAAUUUUAAGGAGUGCUAGGCCUAGGUGGUCACAGUGCAGAUAGAAGUUCCAGUAUUGCUUCA